GUGGAUUCGGGCCGACUCUUCACCCACGUGCUAUCUUACAUGCAUAUAGUACAUGUAUCUUCAGCUCGACGGAUGGGGUGAAGUUCCAACGACAAUGAGACGAUUCCUGACAAUUUGUUACCAAACUUUGCCAGCUGAGAAAAAUUAACUGAUCUGUACCCUCCAGAGAUUCUCGUGCAGUGUUGCCAAUUAGCGAUGCCACCCAAGAACAACAACACACUGCUAUGGGGGAACCAGGUCUCCAUGAACCUCAACCCUCUGAUUCUGACCAACAUCCAGUCAUCACCGUAUUUCAAGAACGACCUCUUCAAACUCAAGACCUACCAUGAGGUCAUUGAUGAAAUAUACUACAAGGUGGCGCAUCUAGAACCCUGGGAACGAGGUAGCAGACAAACAUCAGGACAGAUAGGAAUGUGUGGAGGGGUCCGUGGGGUUGGAGCAGGCAUCGUUUCCUCAGCAUACUGUCUGCUCUACAAGCUCUAUACCUUGAAACUGACUCGCAAGCAGCUAAACGGUCUACUGACACACUCUGACUCAUCGUACAUCAGAGCACUAGGCUUCCUAUACAUCAGAUACAGUCAACCACCUCAGGACCUAUGGGAUUGGUAUGAGGAGUUAAAUGAUGAGGAGGAGGUGGAUACCAAGGCUGGUGGAGGUAACUGCAUCCCCAUCGGCCAAAUGCUGAUGCACUUUCUAGUGAAGCUGGAAUGGCAUUCUUCUCUCUUCCCUCGGAUUCCUGUUCCAGUAAUGAAAGAUAUAGAGAGAAAGGUGUCCGAAUGGCAGUAUGCUCAGCGUCAGAACAACCCCAAGGUGAAGCCAUGGAGGAGGAGGGGAAUCCCCAAGUAGACACCAAUGACUGGACUGAUGAAAAUGACAAGAAACCAGAGCGAUUUGAGGAGGAGAGAAAGCCUAGCAGAGACCGGGAUGUUGACAACCAUAGAAGAGACAGAGAUAGACAUCGAGACCAGGAUCGGGACCGAGAUCGUGAUAGGGGUAGCAGUCGUGACAGUCAUCGGGACAAGUCUCGUCACAACAGCAGAGAUCAUUCGCGUGAUCGGGACAGACAUCGCGGCGACAGAAGCCGAGACGUGGACUUCGACACAGCCCUGCGAAAAGAGCGGGACCGUCAGUCGAGAGAUCACGGCCACGGAAGCAGUCGGGAUGGUAGACAUCGACGGUCACGCAGCAGGAGUCACGAAAGGAAAAAAAGAAGCCGCUCCAGGGAGAAAAGAAGGAAGUCGCGAUCACGCUCCCGUGAUCGUCAUCGCCGUCGAAGCCGGGAUAGGAGGUAGCACGGUCUUCUUACGAGUUGUGUAUUAUAUUCACCCUCUAUAUGGCAGCAAGCCGAAGGGAUUCCUUUUUUUAUCAGGAUUCAUAAGUGUAUAUAUUUUGUGUUAUUACAAAGUGCACAUGUACUGCAUUAUUACAAAAAUGGAUCAUUUAAUUUCUGUCUUGAUAAUUUUGAAAAUAUUGAAGCAACAAAUAAUUGAAAAUUAAAAUAAGUUUAAAAACCCACAUUCUGUUACCUGUUAGAGGUUGUUAUGAAAGAUCCAAAAGUGUGUAAUUACGUAUAUUAUUACAUUCCUCGCCAAAGAAAGAGAGGGAUUUGAAUGAGCCCUGUUAAAUAAAUUUUAUAAAAUAUGAUUCUCCUGUGUUUCUAAAGAUGACACUUAAUGAAAAGAGAACAACUAAACUGAAAUCUGAUUAAUACUGUAUUAAACACAUGCUGGACGGUCUGCGAUGGGUAAUGGCAACAGGUUUUGAAUUUUAAUUGUACUGGUUUGAAAAUCAGCAAAAGGUUUAGGUUCAUCCUCAACCAAAAUUAUUCAUGAAAAAUCAGUCAUAAACUUUGUUUGAAAAUGCUUCAUGAUAUGGCUCAGAUUAUACCAGGGAGCAUCUGAGAACCUUACAGAUCUUAUAAAGCAAGCCCUUGAGUCUGUCCACAAGGGACUUCUUACUUUGCAUACAUCAGUUCAUACCCCUUCCACGUUCCAGUUUUAUAUGCUUGAAUGUUUGUUAGUGGAGCACCCUGACAUGUAUUGAUGUUAGCUUUACUCAAUGCAUUAUAAAACCACCAGUAUUUCAUUGUAACUUUAUUUCUUAGUUUUUUUGCAUUGAACUGUUGCCAUAUUCUAUUGCUUCAAUGAAAUGUAAGUGUUUUCUGCUUUUCACAUUCAUGUAAUUGCUGUCUAACAUGUUACUUAAUUGUGUAACCUGAAUGAAUGCUUGUGUGUGAGAGAGCUUGAACCCACUUAAAAACGUGAUUUCAACAGAACUUCAACACAACAGAACUAAUAAUGAUAUUCAUAAUGUUGUGUAUACAUCUAUGAUGUCUUUAUAAAGCACUUUAGAGAUGUAUAAAGAUAAGAGAUGAGAGACAAUGUCUUGGAUAUAGCAUGGCAGAAUUGUAGCAGUUAAAGGCAUUUGGAUGAAUCAUCUAAAAUUAAAGAUGAUUUUUAACAUUGACAAAAUUUGACCAAUUAAUAAUAUAUGUCAUGUUUUGUAUCCUAGUAAAUAUGAAUUCAAUCUCUGUUUAAUACCACUUCAUUUAUUUACAACUGAUUCUGUUGUAAUUUCUUUAAUUCAGUCUUUUUCUUUUUUUAACUUUGCCUGCAAUAAUGUAACCAAUUAUGACAUGAUGUACAGAGUCUGAGUGCAUGGCAAUACUGUUAUAAAUGUUACUGUUAAUGUUGGUAUUGUAAUCCAUACUUUUAUUAAGUUUGGUAUGGUGGUGAUGGUAAAAUAUAAUGUUUGCAAAGUUUGCCAUGCAUGUUUAUCUAGGUCACUGAUGCCAUUUACCAUUAGGAUUUAUUACUAUUAUUACUUUUUGUGUGUGAAUAUCAAAUGAUUUCUUAUUCAAUGAUAAAAAUGCUUUCUUCCAAAGCAGUCGCUAAUUAGCUUCUGAGCUUGAAAAUAUAUUUGGUCACAAUAGGUAGGCAAGACAACAAUUAUCAGUUCUUGCUAUGUUGGAUAAGUCUCUCAGAAGGCCAGAUUGAUUUGAAAUACAAAUAAAGUCAUUAAUAUAGAACACGUAUUCAUCAAUAUUUUAUCAAAAUAAUUUUAAAGACAUAUUAGAUGUACCUAUUUUUAAAUAUUCAGUGAUAUAUUCCACAGUGUAUUUGUUUCACUAAAGCUUAACUCGGGGCCCAACAAUAACAUGUGCCCGGGACACAGGGGCGCCAAAAAUCAUAGUCCGGACCCCAAAAAAUGUUGAAAAACUUACAUAGGGCUCAUUCAUAUGCAUUGUAAAAAGUUUUAUAUGGACCCCCUUCCACUGAAAAAAGGUUAGUGUAUAGCCUUGGACCUUUGCUGUUUUGGGAAUAUUUAUCCCUACAAUAUUGAUGCAUUGAAAACAGGAUAUCUUUCAAAUAUGAAAGAAAAAGGAAGCCUUUUAAACAAUAGGAUUUGCCUGUUUAUGAUCAAGGAAUGUCAUGUCACCAAUGGUAGUUUGUUUUUGUUUGUUUCUUUUCACCAAAAUAAAUCUUGUUCUGUUGUACAAAUUUUAUUUGA